UGUCUUUGAGCCAAGAGCAAAAUGGCGGCUAAUGCAAUGGAAACUGAUGAUUUGGGGCAUUUAUCUUCCAAUACGCUGCGUCGAUCUAAUUCAGCGCCAAAUGUAAGCGCAGCAGUAAUGAGCGAGGCUAUUCCUAUCUUCCAGCCGAUACACACCUCAAGACAAAGACGCUUCUCUACAAGCCAAAUGGCUGUGAAUGUGGUUAGUAAAAAUUCCGCGAAUAAAUGUCAAGGGACGUUCAUUGAUUCUAUAGACUUGGUACCGUUCUUGUGAUCGAUCAUUUGAUUGCAAACUGCAUUUAUCCGUUUUUUAGGGAUCUCCCGCGUCAAGAAUAGAGCAGAUCAAACGAGUGAGUACAUUGUAUCAGGGACUUGGCUUUAGACACUGUAAUUUCAGUUGAUUACUUGAUUGAGAGUUGUUGUUUUCUGCCGUCUGUUAGCAAGCCUUCGAUUCACUUCUUUUUUAGCUAUCGUUAUUAAGUUAUUUUGUAUGUCUCAGUGUUUUAGAAGGCUGAAGUUUCCGGUUUUUAAAAUUGUCAAAAAAUAAAAACGGUAUUAACACGCAUUGUUUUGUUUGUUAUCGUGUUAGGAAGCAAGUAUAGAUGAUGUUAGUCUGGAGAAACAAGUUGGAAGGUAACUUAAACUUGGUCGACCGGCAACGCAUAAAUGUUCAAUACCUGAAAAUUAUCCACCUUGCAUUUUAAGUUGUCCCCUAUUAAAACCCUCUAAUAAGUCGUUCUUGCUACAGAAUUUAGCUUUGAGAGACAUUUGAGAUACUUUAGCUCAAUUUCAAGUCCUUGAUGCAAAAUAAAGCUACCAAAACUAAAAUUGCUUUCAAAUUAUGGAAGAGGUAAACUUGUAAAAAAAAUUGAAUAAAAAUAUUUUCAUUUAAUUCAUCUUUCUUUUUCUAAGUUAUUAGAGUUAUUUCCUAUAGUUAUAUUCCAAAUGCAACUUCUAAACAUUUUGAUACUUUGAAAUAUUGUUUACUGAUAAUUUACAAAACGUAAGCUUAUCUUCUCCACCCAAAGUCUGGGAAUCAAUCUUAAAGACAUGUAUGAAAUAUUUUUUGUAAACAAAGUUGUGUGGUAUGACUGUACAUCCGAAGCCUCCGUAAAUGUACUUUUUGGUGAUGCUCUUUUUUUAAAUAAAAAUAAAAGUAGGAAUGGUGAAAUGGUAACUAGAAAAUGAAGACUCCUUAGAGCCUUUUUGUAUGAAGGUGGGGGACUAGCCUGCAAAAACAUCCAUUUCUCCUCGCUCUUCGCCGCUGGGGACGUUUCGCGCGGAGGAAGGUCUGUGACUCAGCGACAGAAAUUCCAUACUGAUGAUGCAAAUCAAAGUUUACUUAAUAAAUCUGGUAGUCAUGGGGUUCCAAAUGUAAAUUUGUCUAAUUUUACGGGUCUUCUUGUCGAUUUUGGUAAAGUGUUGUGCUCAUCUGCCAACGAGCUCCAGCAAAACUCAAAUUUUUCUUCUAGAGAAGACUAUAUUCCACAAAUAUUGAAUGUUGUGUUAGAGAUUCUUCGCAUUUACAUUUGACCUUUGUGGCCUUUUGUCUUUUGUCUGUCAUUCGUAAACAGUAGCUAAAACAAUGUAACCACUCCGUUGACCAAUCAGCGCUUCUGACAGGAUUCUGGACAGAUUUUACGUCAUCACUAUGGAAUUUCUGUCACUGAGUCGCAGACGUUCCUCCGCGCGAAACGUCCCUAGCAGCGAGGAGAAACGGAUGUUUUCGCAGGCUAGUGGGGGACCCCAGUUAGGUGAGGUAACAUGUGGCGGGUCACCCCACCUAACAUGGAAGCAUGAUCAAAUUAAAAUGAGAGAUUAUAUGGAAAGGCGGGUUACCCCACAUAAGUGGGUUACCUCACCUACCUGGGGUCCCCCAUCUCCAUUUAAACAGGCCCUUAGUGGGAGCAAAACUCUCUAACCAUAUUCCAAGGGAGUUAGACUCACACAUGAUCAGUUUAUGUAUCUUUAAACUUUGGGAAAUACAUGUAUGUUUACAUCAUCCAGAGUCUUAAAUUCCUGGAAAAGUCUUGAAAUUUGCCCAACAAUUUUCCACACUUGGAAAAAGUCUGGAAAAUAGAGAUAAAGUCUUAAAAAAUGGUAAAAAGUCUUGAGUUUUCUUGAAAGUUACAAUAAGUGCUUUACUAGUGAAAUUUUUUUUUGUGCUUGUCAAAUCUUAUUCAGUCUCAUUUGUAUGUUUGCAGCGCAUCAUGGAAAAAGCUUUGUUCCUUCAUUUUUUUAUAGUUCUCUUUUGAUCUCCUAUUUGAUAACCUUAAGUCCGGAAAAAGAAAUUAUUGUUUUGGAAAAAGUCUGGAAAAAGUCUUGAAUUUUGGAUCCAAGAAUCUGUACGAACCCUGUGUAUAUGUGCCAGUUGACCCAAACAAAUAAUCUUGCCUAUCUCCACUGAAAACAGUAAGUGGUGUUUCCCCAUUUGGUUUCACCUAAGGGAACAUUAAGGGUCUCGGGAAAAAGAAGUCACUGUUUUCCUCAGGGUUAGUUAUUAAUUGCUAAGUAUUAACAUUUUGUUCCCCUCUCUCUCUCAGUGAACUUCUUCUUUCGCAUUCUCUCAGUGACUGGACCCUACUGGUAAGUGUCUAUUCCAGUAAAAUUGUGUUAAGACUGACUCACAAUAUGCUCACUUUUGCGGGGCUAGCAAAAAAUGAAUUCCAGCUUGACCUUUGGGUAAGCAGCUCCCAAAUUUUGCUUGCCCAGGGCCACUUCUUGCUUGUCUUAGUGAAUGAUUUUGUUAGAGGAUGACUUUCCUGGACCCUUUCUUAUUGGGCAAGUAGGCUUUAAAAGUUUCUUGCCCAGAAAGAAUAUCAACUUGUCCUGGACUACCAGGCGGGACUUUUUUGUGCCCUUGUUUUAAUAGACCUUAUUCACAAUACCCACCAUCUUUGCACGCGCUUUACGGUUGACGGGAUAAAAGCAAUGUUACGUGGUAUUUCAGGGGGCAAACAAAAGAUAAAAUUUGCCAAUGCAAGAAAUCGGGGUCGACUUUGUUUAUUCUCUCAAAGCGAAACGACAAUUUAAUAGUCAUGCAAAAUGUAUGGUUUGAGCUUCAACAAAAUUAACGCCAUUAUUGCUUGCUGUGAGGACAUCUACAGUUGCCACUGCGUUAAAAAAGUAACAGUGAUCACCUCCACCCAUAAGUUGUCAUUAUCAUCUUUAGAAUAAAAAGUUGUUCAUUUUCUGUUGUCAAGAAUAAACAAACUUGACCACAAUUUCUUGUAUUGGAAAAAUUUAUCACUUGUUUGCCCCCUGAGAAACCACAUGAGAUCGCUUUUAUCCAAUCAUUCCUUAAGGAAAAUCCUUAAAUAAGAACGACCGAGACCAGGUUUUAUGAGCCCGCAAGACUGAGCACUCCACCCAAACCCUUGUUUUCACUGAAACAGCUGGACACCAACCUGGUUGAGGUCAUUGUUACCUAAGGUCUUCCUUCCUUAACCCUUUAAGUCCCAAUAGUGACCAACAGCAAUUUUCUCCUAACAAUGUCCAUACAUUGUCAAGAGAUAAGGUUGUGAGAAUAUAAAAAAUGAUCUUGAAAGAGAAAAUGCCUUGAUGUUUUAUUAAAUUCUCUCAACUAAUUCUUAAAGGAAAUGUAUGGAAAUCAGUUUGGAGAAUUUGUAUGUGGAUACUGGGGCUUAAAGGGUUAAGCACGUGCAAAGAUGGCGGGUAUCGAUCAUAAGGUAUAUUAGUUAGGUGGUGGCCUUAAAACCAAGCUACCGUAUGUAUAAAGUUUUUUAACAAUGCUGGCAUGGUUAAAUUCUAUCUCUUAAGCUGAGUGUGUAAGAAUUUACUUUGUUAGUAAUUUAUGUAACAUACUAACAGAUUGUCCUUUCUCUUAGGAUCAUGAUAAGAAUGACAUUCAUAUGUACGAACGAAGAAACUCUUUUGAUGAUCAGAGACAACCAUUCUCAUCACCAUCUUCAUCAUCACCACCCAAUCAGAGAGUGAGUACUUAACCAACUGUUGUAUCUGUAUAAUAAUUAUACACAAUGUGUUACCAGAUCGUGGCAUUCUGGCAUUGCCGCACUUUUUUGGGAAAUGCUGCACUAUAAUUAGCCCAACGGGUCCCAAGGGUGCAAAGAAGGAAAAGAAAUUUAUCAUAAAAUAUACUUAAGCAUGCAUACACAUACGUACAUUUCCCUAUAAUAUAAGCCAAAAUUUAAUUGGUUAUGGUGUGUUAAGAAAAUACCCAUCAUUGUCUAAGACUCGGACCUGUGAAAACAUUGAGUUAACCGUACCUAAAGAUUGUGAUCUGCUUUUCUCCCUUAUUACCCCUUUUAGCUUCUUUAUGGGUCCUGUGGACCCCAGUGUACGAAAUCCUGGUAAGAACACUGUAUGCAAUGCAGAUCUUACAAGAAAAGAAAAGGAAGGGAGAUAGUAACAGAAAAAAAAGUGCUCUUCAGUGUCUGUCGUUUCCAUUCAGUUACUGCCACACCCACAAGGUUUCAACUAGGUGGGUUUCUGGCUGUCCUGUGGAUGAAAAAUGAUUCUUUAACCAUUUUGGCCUCAAAACUGUUGGUUCAAGUUAGUGUUCAUGAAGAUGCCCACUCAUUUUCCUGGAUUAAAUCCUUCACCGAUAACAAUAACCAGAGAUUAUUGUAAUUAUAAGUUUUUGCAAUUUAGUGCUUUAAAAUGGGUAAAUACAUGUACCAGUGGGUGCAGUGAGAACAACCUCAAAGGAAGCUGAGGAUGCUGUAACAACAAUAAAACAAUAGAGACCUUUAGGUUCUAAGAUGAGGGCUUAACCUCCCUCAAUAAAGAUAUCCGUGCUGAUUUUUUGGUGAAAAAAAAUAAAAUGAAGCUUCCCCUGCUAAAAAAACAUCAAUUUUGGGGGGAAGAAUGCAAAUUCCAAUCUUUCAGUCUUGUCAUUUCAACCAUAAGUGGUGUACACAUAUGUGUACAUUUAAAUUAGUUAUCUGAUAUUUGAUAAUAUUACUGAUUAGUAGUCAGCUAAGCAGCUAAUUAUUGAUUGUACUGUCAAAAAGAAGUAAAACAAACUAUUUACCAGGAAAUUGAAAUACUUGAAGCCUAUCUUUUUUUCAUCUGAGGGAAAGAAUAAUGUGCUUUUUAUCUGUUUGAAUUCUUGUGCCAGGGAGUAACCAUGAGAAAUGCAAGAAGCCUCACUCCAAGUCCAAUACCUAGUCCUACUCGACCAACUUUUACGUAAGUGUAAAAUAGAAGAAUUUUUAUUUCUACAGUCGAAGCUCUCCUUAUGACUGCUCUCAUAAAUGACCAGCUCUAGCUACGACCACCUUUGCAAAACCCCAUUUGAGUUGUGACUUAAACUUUGUAAUGAAAAGCUCUGGUAAGUGACCGCUCCUUUAAGCGACUGGGACCAUUUUUGGGCUUACCCUACUAGACUUUUCCUUUGUUUUUAAGCUCUUGUAAGCGACCACUCAGAGUCAUAUUCAUAUAAAUCAUCACUUUAAUGAAACUGCACACUGCGCUAAUGAUUCUAAUAUUUAGAUUUGGGGUUGUUUUGGUCUAAAAAACUGGACAUAAAGUUUAGCCGUGUCAUAUUAGAUACAAAGACACUCAUUAAACAUAAAUAUUUUCUCUGAAGCACUUGUAAGCAACCACCCUCUGUUUUACCAUGCAGUCACUUGCGAGACUGUGUUUGUGAGGACAAAUCUAUAAUAUUUGGCGUGAUUUUGACUGUAGUGUCCAGGCUGUUGUGCCUGGACACUAGGCGAUAAGGAAGCCUAACAAAGCGGGGGGCAUUAUUAAUAGGCUUCCUCAAGCCAGAUUACUUACCUGCUUGAGUGCAAAGUGUGCAGAAAACAUAAAACUUAAGCAACAGAACAACUAUCGAUGGGAUAAUUAUAAACAUUUUUUUUGAAAAACAAUUUUAUGUGGAAGAAGAGCUGGUUGUGAAAUGACUGGAUUGGUUUGGGUUAUUAUAUGUAAGGUUGUUAUAGGGACCAACUGGAUUUUAUGCAAUAUCUUUUUCUUUGUAGGCGCAGAAGUCUCAGUCCUGUAUGCUUACGACCAAGUAGUUUAUCAUUAAAAAGAAAAUGUAAGUCAACUUCAAUGCCUUGUAAAUCAUGAUUAGGGGUUACCCAUUUUUUGCCCGAUUUCACCAAUGUCUUGCCCAGAAUACACUUUACACCUGCUAAGGGCCUGUUUACAUGGAGGUGGGGGACCCCAGAUAGGUGAGGUAACAUGUGGUGGGUCACCCCACCUGUCAUGUAAAUGUGAUCAAAUUAUAAUGAGAGAUUAUAUGGACAGGUGGGUUAUCCCACCUAAGCGGGUUACCUCACCUACCUGGGGUCCUCCACGUCCAUGUAAACAGGCCCUUAGACUACAGGGUUUUUGUUAGACCAGGGACGCCGGGACCUUUAAUCAGCUAUCUUAAUUUUCAUCCCAGCUAUUUUAUCAAGCUGUACUUAUAGAUAUUAUAGUUUUAUUCCUUGUUGUUAAAACCGACACGGAAUAACAAGAAUUAUUUUCCACAUUACAGUUUAUACACGAUGAUGUGCAAACUCACACUUAAACUUUGCUCAUAUGGUAUUUUAAUGAUGUGUGCACUGGAAAAACUAGUGUAAUGAGAGAGAAGACAGAUCUUACCAGCCCAAAAAAUUGGAGUUUGGUAUGUAGGCUUCAAAGGAACUGCAUGUUUAUGGCAGAUCUCCCUUUUUUUGCCACCUUCAUCAAGACAGAUAAGAUAGGCUUUUCUCCGCUCCCAGGGUGCUCCUCAUCCGUCCUUUCCCAAUGUCAUUCAACACCGUUUUGUUCUAAAAAUGAUUGGUCUGUUAAACAGGUCUUAAAAACAUUAGGGAUCUUAAGAUCUGGCCACGGUGAGAAUGUCAAAAAAGCAUUAGGUUUACAGUCAACUCUCUCUAAGACGGACACCUUUGGGUCCCUCUUAAAGAGGUGUCCAUCUUAUAGAGAGUCAAAUAAAAGGAGUAAAGAAAAGCAAGGACCAACUCUAGGUGUCCAUUUUACAGAGGUGUCCGUCUUAUAGAGGUGUCCGUUAAGAAAGAGUCGACUGUAUUAAGCAAAACAACAACUUUGCCAAUGCAUCAUGAUUCUAAGAAAUUCAACUCUAAGGGAGAUCCACUAUAUUUAACAAACUAAGUGAAGUGGAGUAAUCGUGAUAAAGGUAGAAAGAACGUGAGUUCACUUUUUAAGCGGCAUUUUCGCUGCCUUCGUCGUCAUUGGAUCUUAAGGUCCCUAUUGUUUUGGCUUGAUUACCCAGGUCCAACAGAAGGCAUAACUGAACCAGGUGUAAGCCCAUCGAAGCGCCUCUGCGAUAUUUCACCCAUAAACUGUUCACCUGACAUCGACUCAGAGCACCUAAACUUUGACGACGAUAACCACAUACACGAAGAUCCUCACAGCUCCUCGGCAUCAGAAAGCGGGGGGCAUUAUUAAUAGGCUUCCUCAAGCCAGAUUACUUACCUGCUUGAGUGCAAAGUGUGCAGAAAACAUAAAACUUAAGCAACAGAACAACUAUCUAUGGGAUAAUUUUAAACAUUUUUUUUGAAAAACAAUUUUAUGUGGAAGAAGAGCUGGUUGUGAAAUGACUGGAUUGGUUUGGGUUAUUAUAUGUAAGGUUGUUAUAGGAACCAACUGGAUUUUAUGCAAUAUCUUUUUCUUUGUAGGCGCAGAAGUCUCAGUCCUGUAUGCUUACGACCAAGUAGUUUAUCAUUAAAAAGAAAAUGUAAGUCAACUUCAAUGCCUUGUAUAUCAUGAUUAGGUGUUACCCAUUUUUUGCCCAAUUUCACCAAUGUCUUGCCCAGAAUACACUUUACACCUGCUUAGGGCCUGUUUACAUGAAGGUGGGGGACCCCAGAUAGGUGAGGUAACAUGUGGUGGGUCACCCCACCUGUCAUGUAAAUGUGAUCAAAUUAUAAUGAGAGAUUAUAUGGACAGGCGGGUCAUCUCACCUAAGUGGGUUACCUCACCUACCUGGAGUCCUCCUUCUCCAUGUAAACAGGCCCUUAGACUACAGGGUUUUUGUUAGACCCGGGACGCCGGGACCUUUACUCAGUUAUUUUAAUUUUCAUCCCGGCUAUUUUAUCAAGCUGUACUUAUAGAUAUUUUUGAUUUUAUUCCUUGUUGAUAAAACCGAAACAGAAUAACAAGAAUUAUUUUCCAUAUUACAGUUUAUACACGAUGAUGUGCAAACUCACACUUAAACUUUGCUUAUAUGGUAUUUUAAUGAUGUGUGCACUGGAAAAACUAGUGUAAUGAGAGAGAAGACAGAUCUUACCAGCCCAAAAAAUUGGGGUUUGGUAGGUAGGCUUCAAAGGAACUGCAUGUUUAUGGCAGAUCUCCCUUUUUUUGCCACCUUCAUCAAGACAGAUAAGAUAGGCUUUUCUCCGCUCACAGGGUGCUCCUCAUCCCUUGUUUCCCAAUGUCAUUGAACACUGUUUGUUCUAAAAAUGUUUGGUCUGUUAAACAGGUCUUAAAAACAUUAGGGAUCUUAAGAUCUGGCCAUGGCGAGAAUGUCCAAAAAGCCAUAGGUUUAUUAAGCAAAACAACAACUUUGCCCAUGAAUCACGCUUUUCUAAUUGUAAAUUUCUUUGCCAUCACUGCACGACUACGACAUGAAGAUGUCUAAUUUCCCAACCUGUAAAGGAUGUAAACAAGCAACCACGAAACUCUAAGGGAGAUCCCCUAGAUUUGAAUAACUAAGUGACUUGGAAUAAAACAUAACAAGCUUACUUUUUAGCGGUGUUUUGCUGCCAUUGUCCUCGUUGGAUCUUAAGGUCCCUAUUGUUUUGUCUCGAUUACCCAGGUCCAACAGAAGGCAUAACUGAACCAGGUGUAAGCCCAUCGAAGCGGCUCUGCGACAUUUCACCCAUAAACUGUUCACCUGACAUCGACUCAGAGCACCUCAACUUUGACGACGAUAACCACAUACACGAAGAUCCUCACAGCUCCUCGGCAUCAGACUCAUCAUCGUCAUCAUCAUCACUGAAUACCACACCCAUGGUACUUGGAGAGAUUCAUAGACACCCCUUCUCUAUUUGUCGGCCAAAAUUUACUCCACCAAGGUCACCCCUGGCUGGUCCAUCAACAACACAGAACCAUUCCAGUAGGACGAUAGGAUCUUCACCUUCGUGCUUCACCUUUGCCCCUGUGAGGGAUUGAUGACCAUCCAUGGUGAAGAGGUAAGAAAAUGUCUAACCCCUUCUUAUGUCAAAUAAAAAUCAGAGUUUACUUAGGUAACAUCCCAGUGCCGGAUCCAGACCAUAAGCUAAAGAAGGGCCCGGUCAUCCAGACCCCUCAGAUAAGGGGAGAGCCUAGUCUCCAAAAAAAAUUUUUGUUCGGUCUAAAAAUAAGGUGGGGGCAGACUCCCCGGGCCCCUUCCCUGGAUCCGCCUCUGCAUCCAUCGAGGCCCCCUGGGAGUGGGUACGCGUGUCACUAAUCUGAAUUUCAAAACCCAUCAUUUCAGGUAUUGAGGAGGAAGCCGUGUCCCUGUUGGCAUUUUACAAUAAAUUAUUGCUCUUGUGCUUGUCAAAAGUUAGAACCACCUUGUAUAGCAAAACAAAUAGUACCACAGGAAAAUACUGCUCAGUAGCUUUCAUAUAACCAUUCACGCCUAAGGAUUUUAUCCAAAGAGAACCACCUUGUAGAGCAAAAUAAACAGUUCCUCAGCAAAGUACUACUCAGAAGCUGUCAUUUGGAUGGACACAUUUCAGAUUUCAUCCUUGAGUUCAUAAGUUACAGCUACAUGUUUACACAUCUCUGUUGUUAAUGCAAGGGGUGGUUUGACCGUAAAUCUUUACCAUUCACUCAGUGUGCUUUCUUAUACUUGCAGAUAUAUUUUUCUAUACAGAGAAUGUAACAGUUUUUAGAGCUUUAUAAAGACAAAUAUUAAUAACCAUUUUCAUAAUGGCAUUAGUUAUACAUAUUAGGAAUAUUGCCUUAAUGUACAUACAACCUACAGAAACGUUUUCAAGUAGAUAUAGUUAAUUGUUGGUAGUCCUGUGUUAGUGUAACAACAAUACUAGUAACCAAUAUCAACCUGUAAAUUUUCAUUUCUCAUCCCUUAACAUUUCUUGGAGCAGCUACAAAAUACAGGGCCAUA